AUGAGUCAACAAUUGGAAAUGACCGAUUACGUAGCGACGAGAUGGUACCGAGCACCAGAAUUAUUAGUUGGAGAUCGACAGUAUGGUACUGCUGUUGACGUUUGGGCGAUCGGAUGUGUUUUCUGUGAAUUGUACUCGGGAAUACCAAUUUGGCCGGGCAAAUCCGAUGUCGAUCAGUUAUAUUUAAUUCGCAAAACUCUGGGGAAUCUUAUUGAUAAACAUGUUACUAUAUUGAAGAAUAAUCCACAUUAUAAAAAUAUACACAUUCCUGAGCCUGAUACAAUUGAACCAUUAGAACAGAAGUUUCCUUAUGUAUCACAACCUAGUCUCGAUUUUAUGAAAAGUUGUUUAGUAAUGGAUCCUGAUAAACGUUUCACAUGCGGUCAACUUCUUCAGCAUCAAUACUUCGAAGGAUUCAACAGUGAAUUCGAACGCGAGCGAAAAGAGCAACAAAAACAGUUACAACGUGAACAACAUAAACUAUCACACUCUCAACAACAACAACAACAGCAAGCCAAACUACAGAGUAAUGUCUAUGUUAGUAAUACGAAACAACAGAAUCCAGGAAAAAGUCUCCCUAGUCUGAUGGGCAUCACUGGAACACAUCUUUCGACUGUUCAUGCCACUUCGAAUAAUCCGGGAGAGUAUUUGAGACCAAGUCGGUUAGAGAUCUACCUUGAUCCUGAUCAACGUAUUAAUGUAACGAAAGCACGUUUUGGAAAUACUCAACACGCAAAUCUUUCCACGACAAAUUUAGCUAAUGAUUCAGAUCUCUCGGUAAAACCAUUACCACAAAACAAACGUCUGGCUUAUGGAGAUAAUUUUACGCAUUUUCCUAAUAUUUAA